AUGACCAAAUUAAUCCUCUCAACCGGGAACAUUGUCUCUGGUGGCCCCUCCCUACUCCGCAAACCAGGGUCGUUCAGGUCCAAUCUCGAACUCACCAAAUCGCUGCGCAAUAAUUUUCUCGCCGCUCGGCAGGACUACUCAGCAGCCGCCUCUCCGGUCCGCAACGGUGAGCCCGAUGGCGACGUAGCAACAAGCGAUGCGAACGGCGGCCACCAACUCAACGGCCAAGCCCUGCCCCGCAUUGAUGAUAAGAAUAACCUGGGCAGUCCCCGCCCUCACCUGGACAUCUGGACCGAUCGUAGCGACGACGGCCAGACCCUUUACGUUCCUCGUAUAGAUUGGUCCCUCGCCGGCCUGCAAGAGGACACCGCCGACUACGACAUCACAGUCAAGCUCUUCUUUCUCCCAUCAGCUCCGGUCGCCGAGCGCCCGCGCUAUAUAGAGGAAGCCCUCUCCCUAGUCCGCAAGGAGCUCGGCGUUCAACACAUUGACUUGCUCAUUGCCAGUUUCCCGGACAUGUCUUUCGAAGGCGACUGCGAGUGGCAGGCCGACCAGCGCAACGCGUCGCAAGGGGACCUCGAGGCCGAAGUCGCUACAUGGGCGGCGCUCGAGGCGCUGCACGAGCGGGGGGAAGUUGCGGCACUGGGGAUCUCCGAGUUCGGCACAGAGAAAUUGUCCAAUUUCCUGAGGCGUGUCAAGAUUCGACCCGUUGUUGAUCAGAUCAACACGCGAGACUGCUGCAACGUGCCGCCGCCACUGAUCGACCUUGCCAGGGCGGAGGGCAUCAACCUUCUCGUUCACACUGACUGCACCGACAUUUUGCCCCAGGGCACGCUUCGGGAGUUGCUCGGUCAGGGGCCGCAGGGUGCUGGCGUCCUCGCCGACCCAACCGUUGAAAACAGCAACGGCGAGGACAAUGGCGCACUCAAGGGGGAUCUCGCCCCACAAUGGGUGGUCAAGUAUACAGCUUUCAUAAGAGAUAGGGGGGUGUUGGAGAACAAGGGAUACUUUGCCGGGGCGGUCCUCACACAGGGUUGA